UGUGUUGAAAGUAGUAACUAAGAUGGAAGAGAUUAUAAUUAAGAAGGGGGCAUGGUCUCCUGAAGAAGACCAAAAAUUGAAAGAUUAUGUUAUGAGAUUUGGCAUUUGGAAUUGGAAUCUCAUGCCCAAAUUUGCAGGUCUUUCAAGAACUGGGAAGAGUUGUAGACUUCGAUGGAUGAAUUAUCUCCGCCCUGAUGUUAAGAGAGGACCUUUUACCAUGGAAGAAAGAGAAACAGUCAUCAAAAUGUAUCAGCAACUUGGAAAUAGAUGGGCUACUAUUGCUGGAAAAUUGCCAGGAAGAACAGAUAACGAAGUUAAAAACUUCUUUCACACACAUCUAAAGAAGCAUCUUGGACAGAUAAAAAAUAAUAAUAAUAAUAAUAUUGAUGCCCCGGUGAAGUCUAGGAGGGCAAGAAAACCGAAGAAAAAGUCCAGCAAAGCUCAAGAAAAACCUCAAUUAUUUGUCGAUAUUUCUGAAACAUGGAGUAACAUGAACACUACUAAUUUGAUGAUAUCACCAAUGGGUGGUUCUUCUUCACUAUCGAGCAGUAGUAUUAUUACAUUCGAUCAAAAUGAAAAGAUUGAUGAACCAAAUCCGAUGAUUGACAUGGAAAAGACGGUACUUAUCUUGGAGAGUAAUCCAGCUGCAACGACUACUCAUCAUCAUCAAUCAUCGUCACAUAGUAAUAUUGAUUACUUCGAUCAAUUUGUUGACAAUACUUCAUUUUGGCUUUAUCUACUUAAUGAUGCCAAUCGUAUUAUUUUAUGAAAUCAAGAUUAUACUAAUAGAUAAUUAUGGUCUAAUCUUCAUGUGCUACAGUGUAUGAAUUCGCUUUCAUAGCUACGAGUUAAUAUAUCAUGAUGAUAAGGACUCUAGUAUGAGUUGUAUGUGUAUAUUAUAUUAAUUCUGACUUUUCUCAUGAUAUGUUUAA